UCCGUGAUGGUAACACUCUCGGGUCCCCUGAUCGAUUCCAAGAUGGAGGACAUUGUUAGAAGUCGUGCUGAAUUUUUCGAUCUCCCAUGGGAAGAUGUAGUGUUUUCACAUAUUCUCUCGCACCUCAAGCUAUCUCAGGUAUUCCUUUUGCGUCGGGUUUGUCGAACGUUCCAUGAAAUGUGCUCCGUGUAUUUUAAAACGAGCUCGAGUUUGGACUUCAGUGGCGAAACAAGGUUGACUUCAGAAGCUCUGCGGAUAAUUACUCGAGAAAAUAUAAGUUUGCAAAAGCUUGUACUUAAAAACUGCAAGAACCCUUUAAAAGAGGAUGCAUUGAAGGAUAUUCUUCAGAGAAAUCCACGUCUCAUAGUGCUUGAUCUAAGUGGUUGCUCUACUCUUACUAAUCUUACAUCUUUCACGAUUGCCGAGUUUUGCCCUUUAUUGAAAGAAAUUCGAUUGUCAGAGUGUCGAUGGGUUUCCCCAGAUGGGAUAAUCCAAGUGUCCUUGUGUUGCAAAGACUUAGAAAUCGUCGAUUUAACAGGAUGUUGGGAAAUAACUGAUCAUUCCGUGUGCUCUCUCGCGUCAUUUUGCAACAAACUUAAAGUCAUUCUUCUUAAUGGCUGUUACAGCAUAAGCGAUGACUCUGUCCGGGCCAUUGGCCGUUUGUGUCCGAGUUUAACAGAUCUUGGACUAUGCGGAUGUUGGCGUGUCUCAAACCCGGCUAUAUCCCAUAUUGGGGAAUAUUGUAGCAAGCUUAAGUUCCUGGCUGUUAAAGACUGUAGGGACGUAACCGAGGCCAGCCUUGCGAGGUUGCGGGCGCGAGGAGUUGAGGUUGAUAUCGCUAAACCAAUGGGUCGAUACUCUGGCCUGUUGCCGCUUCAUAUGCACCAUGUGCCCAUGCCAGAAUAUGCACACUGGAAUGUGCCUUCUUUUAAUUUGAAUACUUGAAUCUUGAUGUAAGCAGAACACUAUUAAGGGGAUAUCAUAAAAUAUCAUAGCGAACUUUUUAUAACCAUAGUAAGUCAAGACUUUUUGUAUGUCACAAUACCCUAAUUCUAGCAGGUUUCUUAUGUAAGAUCAUGUAAUGAAACGAGUUGGGGCCAAAACAAAUGCUUGGUGAUGUUUUAAUAUUUAAGUUUAUUAUUCAUUUUCAUAAAUCAUAUUGAUUGUAAUGUACACAAUUAUAAGACAACUGUCAAAUUUUAAAAAGAUAAAAAUCAUCAUCAUACACAA